CCCCACCCACGAAGAGCAGAGCCAGGUACAGGCUCUCUGCAACCACACACAGCCACAGCACGCCUGGACAGGGCAGAGGUCAGAGGUCAGCAACCACACACAGCCACAGCACGCCUGGACAGGGCAGAGGUCAGAGGUCAGCAACCACACACAGCCACAGCACGCCUGGACAGGGCAGAGGUCAGAGGUCAGCAACCACACACAGCCACAGCACGCCUGGACAGGGCAGAGGUCAGAGGUCAGCAACCACACACAGCCACAGCACGCCUGGACAGGGCAGAGGUCAGAGGUCAGCAACCACACACAGCCACAGCACGCCUGGACAGGGCAGAGGUCAGAGGUCAGCAACCACACACAGCCACAGCACGCCUGGACAGGGCAGAGGUCAGAGGUCAGCAACCACACACAGCCACAGCACGCCUGGAGAGGGCAGAGGUCAGAGGACAGCUGUCUGGAUUUAGAUAGUGAUGACCAUAAUCUCAUUUGGCAGCCAAGCAGAGAAACUCUGAGCUCUGCACACGUUUAGCCCUCAAACGCAGGAAAGGAGGAAGAUCUGCAGCAGGAUGGGGAACACCAAGAGCAGCGCCUUGUCCAAGGAGCUCCUGGAGGAGCUCAAGUCCAACACCAAGUACUCCGAGGCGGAGCUGUGCACCUGGUACCAGUCCUUCCUGAAGGAGUGUCCCAGCGGGAAGAUCUCCAAGGAGCAGUUCGAAGGAAUCUACGCCAGCUUCUUCCCGGGCGCCGACCCCACAGCGUACGCACGCCACGUUUUCCGGAGCUUCGACACCAACGCGGACGGCACCCUGGACUUUAAGGAGUACAUCGUCGCUCUGCACCUCACCUCUGGAGGGAAGACUCUGCAGAAGCUGGAGUGGGCCUUCGCCUUGUACGACGUGGACGGCAAUGGAACCAUCAGCAAGAACGAGAUCCAAGAGAUCGUUCGGUCGAUAUUCAACAUGAUCCCAGCAGACGACCAGACGAAACUCCCCGAAGACGAAAACACUCCAGAGAAGAGAGCUGAAAAAAUCUGGGCAUUUUUCGGAAAGAAGGAAAACGAUAAAAUCACGGAGGGCGAAUUCAUCCAGGGAGUGAUGGACAACAAGGACAUCCUGCGCUUGAUACAAUACGACGAACCUCAGAGGAUCAAAGACAAGCUGAAAGAGAAGAAGCAAUAAUUCAGGAGCUAACAUUGUGACUGUUUUUCUUGACCUUUUUAAUCUGCCUGUUGGAGCUAUGUCUCUUCUUCUGUGAACUCUGUUCUGGUUACCAGCUAAACCAAUGAAUUGAUCACCUGCUGAUAGUAACCAAGCCUGCAGCUUCAGAUUAGCCAGCAGGUAAUUGAUACGGGCAGCCUGUGAAUCCUGUUAGAGCUUUUGUAUGAAAACUUGUACCAACUUUGCAGUUUAUGAAGUUAUUAAAAGUGAUUACCUUUUUGUCUUUGA